AUGGCUGACAACGAUGUCGAGAUGGAGGAGGUGGUGGCGAACGCCGGAAAAUCGAAAGGACGCGGAUUGGCGAGUUCGAGAAAUCGCGAGAAGAUCGUCUAUGAUGUUGUCGAGGAUGAGGAGAAAGGCGCCAGCGGACCGCAAAGAUCCGUCGAGGGCUGGAUUGUGUUUGUGACGAAUAUUCACGAGGAAGCCACCGAGGACGAUGUGCACGACAAAUUUGCCGAUUUCGGCGAGAUCAAGAAUGUGCACUUGAAUUUGGACCGAAGAACGGGAUUCCUGAAAGGAUAUGCUCUUGUUGAGUAUGAGACUCAAAAGGAGGCUUCUGCUGCCAUCGAAUCCUUAAAUGGAAGCGAGCUUCUCGGCCAAACGAUCAACGUUGAUUGGUGUUUCGUGAAAAGCGGAAAGAAACAUUAA